AUGGCUGAAUUUGAUUACCCAGUCCGGCCAGGUAUCCCCAGCCAGAACCCAGUUCACCCCGAACCGCCCUACCGUCCUUACUGGGCACGAAGCCCCGUCCAGUACGCGCAAGACCUUCUUGGAUAUUCCGAAGAUCCAAUCGAAUACGAUAACAACGAUCGCGAUUACUGGGACAACUGCUUCUUCUUCCCCGAAGACUGUACUUGGUCUCCGCCAAAGGGCUGGAUUAUCGAAAAGGAAACACUUGAACAGGAUAUCGCGCUUGGAGACUGCUACGAGCAGCACAACGAAGACAACAUGAUACCCGGCCUUCCGGACAUAAAAAUGCUGGAUGCGGAGGCACUCAGUGACCUCUUAGAGGAUAACCUGUCACCUCCGGAAAUUACCUCAAUGAUGGUAUUCGCUACCAAUGGCGCUAUUUUCGCAUACGCAUCCUCCCUCCCAUCCCGGCAGCUGCGCAACCUGAGCGCAACCUACGGUGCCGCGUAUACCUGCUACGCGAAGAAUGCAUCAUGUGGGAACCUUACAGGCGUGAACCCAGCCAGCCAUCCAUCAUCAUAUGUGACCACCCCAUCUGUAUCCCUGGGCGAUGUAGGGUCUAUUGUUUUUGAACUGGACGAUCUGGUGGCAGUUGUGACAAGAAUAGCCGACAAGGUCCUUCUUGCCGCAGUCGGGCCAUCGAAAAUAGGAGAUGCAGAAGACGCGGCGACGCCGAACGGGACACAGAGUCAUCUGAACGGAUCCUCACAACCCGGAGGCGACGACGCCGCGAAUGAUGGGAGGACAUAUGCCAGCGUUGUAGCAGCCAACGGAGGCCGUCAUGGCCCUAGCUCAGACGCGCAACUCGAAAGCCAGUACGAAAUCGACCGGAGCAGUGACCUGGCUCGUCUAGCGACUUUGAACCUUUCCGCCUCACCAUCUAUCCUGCUCGCACUGGAGUCGAAAUCCGCAGCGUUAGGGAGAUUCUUGGGCCAGAAACUGGCGGAUCUCGAAAGUCCUGAAGACUUCUAA